AUGACUCAGGAAAUAGAGGAAUACUUCGAAGAGUUCUGGAAUGCUGUACCAGACGAGGACAGGGAUUGGUUAAGUGAUUCUCUGAAUGAUCGGGAAUAUGCAGUAGGUCUGGAGGAACUUAAUGAUAAUACCAAGGAAAUGCUGGAGUCAAUAAAAAGGGCCAUAGUCGACCUAUUUACAGACGAGACCAAUACAAAAAUUGCAUUGCCUUCUUCAUGGGCUCUAAUGGAGCAGUUAUUGUAUGAAGGAGGCUGGAAGGUUUUGUCCCUGAGUGAAAUCUGGAAGCUCAAUUCAUCUCUUCCCGAUGAAUACCAAAUCAAAAGUGAUGAAGAAAUGUCAAACUUUUUAAAAUGUUUCUAUGAUAAUGGCCUUCUUUUGAAUUUUCAAGAAGCGAAAUUGAAAGAACAUGUUAUACUAGACAUUCAGUGGUUUGCUAAUGCUUUCAGUAAGAUAAUUGCUGAUGAAAACCACAUCACUAAAGACUGUAAAAGGAAAUUAAUCAGAGAGUGGAAAUCCUUUAACAAAACGGGGGAACUAAAAAAUAAAGUGAUAGAUGCUUUGUGGAAAGAUGAACCCUCUUACAUGAAAUACAAAAGUGAGAUUAUGUCAUAUAUGGAGAAACUUCAAAUGCUGGUACAUUUGAAUUCAUAUGAGGCUGUAUCAGAAGGUGGCAUGUCAUGGUAUGUCCCAUGUAUGAACAAAAAACAGUUUAAAGCUGACUUCCGUGAAGAUGAAUGGGAAUGCUCGUCGAUUUUGUGCUAUCGAUUCGCUUCCUUUGCCAUGUUUGUGUUUUACAGACUUGUUGCAUAUUGCAUAAGUUUUCUAAGAUGGAGUGUUACAAUAGACAAAGACAAUGAAAAAAGUCCAUGUCUUUAUCAAACAGCAGCAGUGUUUGAUCACAAUGAACACACUGUUGUUGUUGGCAUAUGUAAUGACGAUAUUCAGUUGCAGGUGCUGAGAAUCAAACCAUUGACUGUUGACAAAGAGGUAUCAAAUGAAAUUGGAGUCUCCAUUGAUAAAGCAAUAAAAAAAUUGACAGAAACAUUUAUUGACACAAAAACAUUCUACAGAGGAUACAAAUGUCUAAACAUUAUUUGUAAUGACAAAGAUGUAUCUUUUAUCCUUGCAAGUGAGCUUUCCAGAAUCAAGGCCAGAGAAACGCAGUGCAAAUGCCAACUUCAGGAGAAACAUGUGAUUAAUGUACAGACCACUCUGGGAUUUUGGGAAAAGAAACCUGUAAAAGAUGCAGAAGAACACAGAGGUUUAUUACAGUCCUCUUUAGAUAGCCUUGAUGCAGGAGAAUCAGCAUCAGGAAAGUUUCAAAAGACGAUUGAUAAUUCACAGCGGAGUAAAGAACCAGAAACCUUGUUCUGCGAAGAAUGGCAUAAAAGUGUUGGUCACUUGGUGUGUAGUGAUGGGAUAGCUGGUACCGCAUUCAGGGUUGGAAGUCGUUAUCUGAUGACAGCAUCCCAUGUGAUAAGAAACACUUUAGAAAUGUACACCGAUAAGAUCAUAGAGAACACCCAGUCUGAUCCAUAUCGCAGGAUUAAUUAUUCAAGGCUAUUGCAAAAACUGCAAGUAGGGGAAUCCGGAAGAGAUAUUGAAGAGAAAUUAAAAAAUGGGAUUCAUGAAUGGCUGAAAAAGACUAGUUAUCAAGUAUUGAUCACCAGCCUACUGAGUGCUUUGGUGGAUACAGGAUUUUCAUGUGCCAAAGACAAAUCCAUGAAAUACAUCGAGGACAACCCUAUUUAUGUAUAUUUUGGUCGUACAAGAGAACACGUUAACUAUAAACCAUAUCCUUUGAGAUAUGACAUUCCAUUCUACAGCAAACAGGAAGAAGAUGACAUUGCUUUAUUAGAAGUUGAUUGGACAGAAUUACCAAAGCCAUUUAUUUUGGAUAUAUCUCGCAAGCAACCAGAAAAUGUAACCAUUAUUGGUCACCCAGCCUACCAUGGCAAUGAACAGAUAAUUGACAGAAAAUGUCCUUUAAUUUCGGAAUGUGAAGCCUUUCAAACGUACUGUAAAGCACUUUUGUGGUGGAAGAGUAAUUAUCCUGAAUUGGAGACAGAAAAAAUUAAAAAAGCUUAUGAUUUCGACAAGAGGCUAAAGGUAAGGGUACUCUUCCACUGCUCAGAAUCUACAACUCAUGGUGCUUCUGGAGGCCCUGGGAUCAUUGAUUUAGAUAAAGGCUUGCCAAAAGUGUAUGUAAUGCUCCAAGAAGGAAUCCCAGGCUUUGUGCAUGAUGCAUCUAUGAAAGAAAUAUUGAGGACUUGCCCUAAGGAAUGCCUUGUUGAGAGUGGGAUCAGCAUGUCAAGAAUCUAUGAACUUUUAAGCAGUAUACCUCAACUUAAAGAAUUGCGAGAUAACAUUUUUCAUACUUGAUAAUGAUUGUGGUUUUCUUUAAUCACUGUAGACCUCUGGAUUUUUAAUGGUAAUAGUUGUCAGAAUCAGAAAGCUAAUAGAUAAGCAAAUUGAUUAAUUUGUCAGCAUAAAAUUUAAAAUCAGACAGAUGUGAUACUUGACACAACGAAGUAAUAUCUUUACUAUGGCUUAGGGACAAAAUUGCGUUCAAUGGUCCUAUUAAAAAAAUUGUAUAACUGCUUAUUAAAAUAAAUAUGUAGGAGACACUUUAAGGAAGUUGUAAUUUUUU